UGGAAGAAGGGGCGCCUGGCGGGAGGCGAGGCCGAGAGGGAGGCAGGCUCGCGCUCAGGUGAAUCUCUUUCUCCCGGUCACCAGCUAAGAGGAGCAGGGGUUGGAAGCUGGACCGUGUCUGGGGGAGCUGACCCAGAGGUUCCCCAUCCCGCUUCCGGACCAAUCCCAAACCCUGGCGACCAGGAUGAGGUGUUCCCGGCCUAUGCGGACAGCGGUGGGCCUGGCUGCGGUCUUUGCCACCUUCACUCUCUUCCUCCUCAGUCUGCACAUGUCACCACCCCACUUCGGGGAUCUGGAGCAGCCGCUGGCCACCCCUGCGGCUCUGACCAGGCUCCCUCAGACCUCUCACCCUCUGCCUGCCCCCUGCCGGGCCAACACCUCAAUGGCGAAGCUGCCGGACUUCACGGAACAGCCACAGCAUGUGCGCGACUUCCUGCUGCAUAGACACUGCCGCGACUUCCAGCUCCUGCAGGACGUGCCACCAGACAAGUGCGCGCAGCCAGCCUUCCUGCUAUUGGCCAUCAAGUCUUCGCCCCGCAAUUAUGAGCGCCGGGAGCUAGUGCGGCGCACAUGGGGCCGAGAGCGGAGGGUGCGGGGUGUACAACUGCGCCGCCUCUUCUUGGUAGGCACCGCCCCCCACCCGCUGGAGGCCCCCAAGGUCAACAGGCUGCUGGCGAUGGAGGCACAGGUGCACGGCGACAUCCUGCAGUGGAACUUCCACGACACCUUCUUCAACCUCACGCUCAAGCAGGUACUCUUCCUACAGUGGCAGGAGACUCGGUGCACCAAUGCCAGCUUCAUCCUCAAUGGCGACGAUGACGUCUUUGCACACACAGACAACAUGGUCUCCUACCUGCAGGGCCACAAUCCUGACCACCACCUCUUCGUGGGGCACCUGAUCUACAAUGUGGGCCCCAUCCGGCACCCCUGGAGCAAGUACUAUGUGCCAAAGAUAGUGACACAGGAAGAGCUCUACCCACCCUACUGUGGGGGGGGGGGUUUCCUGCUGUCCCGCUUCACAGUUACUGCCCUGCGCCGGGCCUCCCGCACCCUAGACCUCUUCCCCAUCGAUGACGUUUUCCUGGGCAUGUGCCUGAAGCAGGAGGGUCUGAAGCCCACUUCACACAGUGGUAUCCGCACGGCUGGCGUUUGGGCCCCCUCAGCCCGCCUGUCCUCCUUUGAUCCCUGCUUCUACCGGGACCUGCUGCUGGUGCACCGCUUCUUGCCAUAUGAGAUGUUGCUCAUGUGGGAUGCACUGAGCCAGCCCAACCUCAACUGUGGCAAGCGAAAGUUCUAUCGAGGUGAUGCCAGGGCCCCCAGCCUCUAGGCUCCUGACUUCACUUCCAUAGGAAGGGGCAGUGUUGUCCUCCCAGGAAGCUGAGACCUUUGGCAUAGGAGAGUGCUAGAGUUUGAUGAGUGAAUAGUUUUGCUGGCAAACCCCUACACACUCAGUACUGCUUAGACCAUGUUCCAUCAUCCUUACUAUACUCGCAGCUGGAGGGACCAUCUCUCUUCAUGGCAGCUCGUGGUAGAAGCACUUCUACCAGGACUCCAGCUGCUGCUGCUGGUUCCAGCCCAUUUGACUCAAGGUCCCACACCCCAGCUCCAACCUUGAUCAUAGGCUGGACCAUCAACAGUGGCCAGCCUCUCCUUGAUAGUGAACCGGUAGUGGUUUAAUUGUGGGUGAGUUCUGGCCAUGGUUCAAGGCCGAUUGGGAAUUCCUGGGUUCACAUGUAGCUGAAGAGAGAAGUGUUUUUCAGCCUGGGAAAGAGUGGUUCAGUUCCGGACCCCUUCCUGAGCCUUGGACACCUCAGAUGGUGGGAGGGGCCAGAGAGGCUAUGAAUUGGGCUGCCCCCUCCCUGCCUGUGGUAUUAAAUGCUCUACUGGUGGAAGCAUUGAGCAGAGGAGGGAGGCAGCCGUCUGUCUCAGCCUAUGGGGACUCAACAUUUAGAGUCCCUGGCCAGACCCAGCCUCCUACUCCUCGGCUCCCCAAGAACUCAGGGAACAUUACUGGGACUAGAGGGGCCCCAUUCACUGGACCCAAGACCAGCGCAUACACUCACCCCAGCGCCCAGAGAAUGGGGAGGUUCAGGCCCUUGAGUGGCCCUGAGCUCUUGGGACUCAGGACCGGCCCCCACGCCAGUGUGUCUUUAGGACUGGGGAGAGCCAAGCAAACUGGUGAUCCCCAGCCCUGCUGGCCUUGGACAGGUGUCUGGGACUUGGGCCUCACAGGUAUUGGGGUGGUGGCAGGGGUCACCUCAGACAGCAGAGUGCAGACUGGAGAGUGGGUCCUCAGGGAAUAAAAUGUUUUGUGAAGACCUAGAGGUCUUUUUUAAAAAAAAAGUGAUUUAUAAGUUUUAACUCAGACCAAUUUACAUUUACUUGUAAAAGUCUCAUUUCCAGUAGAAAAUACCCGUAUACACCAAUGGAUGAAGUGGGGCUGCAGGUGUCUCUAUCAGGUAGCUCUGACCUCACCCCACCCUUGCUCACACACCUGCCAUGAUUCCCAAUUGCCCUCAGCUCAUAAUCCCCCCAUGACUGAGUCUCCCUGCCAGCUUGACAGCGAGCUCAGAAGAGCGAGGCACAGGGUGAGUCUGCUCCUAUCUGGGCCUGCCUGAGCCUCCUGCUUCCAGUAAGUCUCCUUCCCUAUCUCGCCCAGCCUCCUCUCUCCUCCCUGGCUCACCUCCUCCCAUGAAGACUGUGCUUUGCUGUCCUCUGUCCUGACUCCGUCUCUCCUUUAUUUAUUGUGUACCUACGGUGUGCUGCACACUUUACCCUGUACUCUUUCUCCCAGCCCCAUGGGAAGGGUCAGCAUACACGGACCCACCUUAUAGUGAGGUCAUCAUAUCGUACAACCCCUAUCUCAGGAUGAAGACAGGAUGCUAGUGAGAAUGGUUAGAUCAAUAAUAUGCACUGUGAUUCAUUCAGACAUCCGUGUGUGUCAAUAAUAUGCACUGUGACUCAUUCAGACAUCCGUGUGUGUGUCCAUCAUUAAGUGGCCUUUAAGUGACAUUAAAGCUUCCCAUGGGUCUUGACAGAUACCUGGAUUCAAAUCUUGCACUUGGCCAUUCCUUCCCUGUCUGACCUUGGCAAGCAGCCAUCUACCUAGGUUUCAGUUUCCCCACUUUGUAUUGUGAUGACUCUUGAAUUGUUAUCAAGCUCCUGGAAACGUAGGUGGGUCCGUGGCUGCCAAGGUCCAAGCACAUAUGGGAGCCGACCCAGGCUUGUUUCUUUUUCUUGAGAAAAUACAAAAGUCUGCUUUGAA